ACUUGUGUUGCUUGCAUAGAAGUAAGCUAAACAUGUCAUGUGCUAUGCUAUAGGCCCAGUUAUAUAAGGAGCAAAUAGAGCAACUAAAAGAGAAGGAGAGAAUGUUGUUGGAAGAAAAUACAAUGUUAUCCAAACAGAGUGAUGGAAAGAGAUGGCAGCAGCCACCAAUCCACUGCGCUCAAAAUGGCCAAUGCUCAGAGGUUGUAACAGAUUUGUUCAUCGGACUGCCAGAACACCAUUAAUUUCAAGGGUCUGGUCAAUUUUUCAGCUGAAAUUAUUUUACUACACCAAAUAAUGCCAUAUGAUCAGUGUAUGGUCCGUUGAGUCACCUAUUUAUUUAUUUUCUUUUUUAUUUGUAUGGUCUAAAUGUAACUAUAAUAUAUAGUGUAAAAAGAUGGGGGUCAUGACAUUUUGAAACCCUAAAUUCAGUGUAAUAUAUGACACAACAUGUGAGUGUAUAUAUAUAUAUAUAUUUAUAUAUAUUUAGUACUAGACGCAGGAUUUUCCAUUUUGUUUAUGGAAUGAAGGGAUUGUCUAAAA